UUGUCCAUUGUUCACCUCGAUACUUUGCUCCAUUGAUUGGAUCACUAAAUAACCUGGAAUGGAACAUGGGAGUAUAACACAAAUGAGCAUUGUAUCUUCUACUAAGUAUUCUCCAAGCCAGCUCAGACUGCUCCACCAUGGGUCCCACCACAUAUUUCGGUGACCCUAAAAUUUUGUUGUAAAACUCAUAUCCUUUCAAUUUGACCUCACUUCCUCGGCGAAGUUGUUGCUGUAUCAAGGUCGACGGUCGUAACAUGUCAAAAUAAGUUUGAAGGUAGCCUUUUAACAUUUUUUUUUUUUUUUUUUCGUUUUCCCCUUGAGGUUGGCAGCUAAGAGAACAAGUCACGCAUUUUUUUUUACCCCGAUUUUCAUAACGCAGUGGGAGGGCUCUCUUCUUUUUUUUUCAAAAAGGUUUAUCAAACAUGUCUGGAAAUAUGGAUACGAGCGAGACAACACAUCAGGAAGACAUUGAAAUUACUGAAAAUACACAAGAAUGGGUAGAACAGGACUUUGUACCACUGCCUUCAAAUUCACCUGAAGAACAAAGAGAGGAUUCACCAGCGCAGGAAGAGAAUGUACCAGCAGAACAAAUGGAGGAGGACGUAACUACAGAACCCAUGGAAGAGAUACCCGCCGAGCAAACUGAGGAAGAGAAGCAAUUAGCCAAAGAGUUGAAGGCUCUCGAACUUAUGGAAUUGUUGCAAGAGGAUAAAUCUCAGUAUGAGCUUCAUGUCCAGUUAAUUGAAACUUUAAAACAAGUCAAUUUACCAGAACAACUCGAGAAUGCUCGAUUAUCUAUGCACGAGGUUUAUCCUCUAUCAGAAGGUUUAUGGUUGGAUUGGAUCAAUGAUGCCAAAAAAGAAGCUGGAACUGAAGAAGGCCGUGAAAAACUUAUAAACUUGUAUAUGCAAGCACAGGAAGAUUAUUUGUCUAUGACGAUUUGGAAAGACUAUGUUGAUUUUAUUCUCGAGAACUUUCAUGAUAAAUUCGAUAAUGCAACGGAAGAGGAUACGGAAUUGAUCGAGUCUACACGUGAAGAUAUACUGGUGGCAGUUCGUGCUACCCAAUUUCACAUUAAACAAAGUCAAGAAAUCUGGAAACCCUUUGUUGAAUUCGAAAUCGAGAUUUUAAACAAGUUUAAAAAACCAGAACAGCAACAGCGCGUGAAACAGUUAUUUUUGAGUCGACUUGCUGUACUUCAUAUCGAUUAUCAGGAUACAUUUGAUUCAUUCUCAACCUUUACCUCAACAUGGGACAAUUCAAAAUAUGAAGAAACAAUGAAACAGGCAAACAAGAUCUAUUCGCAUACAAAGAGUGCGGCUGAAGAAAGAGACUUGUUCGAAAUCAAUAUCGUUUCUUCAGGAUAUACUUUGGAUGCGUUUUAUCAAUACAUUGAAAACGAAAAAAUCUCAAAAUUCAUGACAUCCGUCAACAAUGUCCGCUGCUUGUAUGAACGAGCCAUUGUUUAUUAUUGUACAGAUCCUACUUUGUGGGAUGAUUAUAUUUUAUACCUUAUCGAAAAGGGGCGAGUCGCCUCAUUAUUAAACACUGUAAUUAUACGCGCGAUACGUAAUUGCCCUUGGUCCGGAACCCUUUAUGCUCACAAGGCCAGAUUAUUGGAGUCGGAAAAGGCCACCGAAGAUCAGAUGAAUGAUCUUUUCGAUACUGCUUUAAAAUCAAAAUUAUUACUAUCAAGCCUAGAUGAUUUAGUUAUUCUUCUGUUGGCUAAAAUUGAUUACGUACGCAGGUCAAUUGAUUGGGAAGAAGCCGAUGCAGAUGAUGUGGUGAGAAUGGAACUAGUAUUCAUGGAAAGUUUAGAAUACCUCACAGAAGCAUUUCCCGAUUCAGGAGAUCCUUACUAUCGCAUUGAAAAGUAUUAUGCUUGCAUUUCCAAAAAACGAUUGUAUGAUGCGGAUAAAGCAAGACAGUUAUGGGAAACUAUCGUCAAAAAACACGGUCGUGAUACAGAAGCUUGGAUUAGUUACAUAACAUUUGAACGUGAUGAGGGAGACUUCCAGGCCUGUGAAACAUUGUUUAAAAAGGCAAUGGAAAAAAAUGUGGAUAAUCCCGUACGAUUAAUUGAAGCCUGGAACGCCUUUGAACGCGAGUUCGGAACAAUUGAGACUUACGAAAAGGCCGCCAUCAUCAUCAAUCGUAAAGUAAAAGGAUUCUCAAGACAAUGGCAAUCAUCUCUUGCUGAACAAGAAAAAGUCAAUGAAGAGAAAGAAAAGGAAAGACAAGAUAUCUUGAAGGUAUACCAAACAAAUGAAUGGAUUGAAUCUGCAAGAUACUAAUCUACUUUCUUAUUAAUCGCAGAGAAAGAAGGGUCUUCAUCGUAUGGAGCAAAAGAAAAAGCAAAAGGAACGAAAGGCCGCAAAUCCACACGAAUUUAAGAAGCCAUUCAAGCCUAGUGAUGAUAGUUUCAAGAAGCCAUUUAAGCCUAGUGAUAAUUUCAAGAAGCCAUUUAAGCCUAGUGAUGAUAGCUUCAAGAAGCCUCAUGAAACCCCCCGUACGAAAAAAGAAGAUAAAAAACCCGUUGAUUAUAAAAAACCCGUUGCAUUUGUAAAACCCGAUCAAGAAUCCUCUCAAUCACAAAUAUCUUCUGAACCUGAAGAGGCUGAAGAGGCUGAUAAGUCCCAAGAAACGACCGAGAGUGGGGAUAACACACCAAAUACGGUUCAA